AUGGAUAAAAAAAUACACGAAGAAAAUGCGAAAAAAAUAUUGGAAGACGAAAAGUUUCAAAAAGAUGAUACUGAAAAAGAAUACACAUAUGAUGAUGAUUCUUUCGAAGUGGAACAAUCUUUCGAAGAAGAGAAAGAGAAAGAGGAAAAGGAAGAACCUUACGAGGAGACAGACUGGGAAAAAGUAGAAGAGAAAUUGUCCAUUCAAGAUUGGGAGAAGGAGGCGAAGAAGAAAGUUCGUAUAGAAAUAGAUGAUCCGAUGGGAAAACGGAGAACUAUCUACGAUCUCGCUUCCUCUGCACCGUCAGUAAGCGACAUUUGGAAAUUUGACACAGCGCAGAUAGCCGCAGAACCGAAGAAGAAAAUUCGAUAUUCCGUGUCAAUGGGAAUGUCGGGAAUAGCAAGAAUCGAUUUGUCGCCGCUGACGCAAAAGAUCGUUGGCUGUGUCAUUGGCGAGAAUGUCACCACGGAAUAUCCAUGGGUAUACGUUAGAAAGAAUAUCAUUGAGGAUAAUAUAGAUCUGCAUUCCGAGAGCAGUGACUUCCUACCGGUAAAAGACGAGAUUCAAGAAUAUCCUGACGAACAGAUUCUCAUCGGCUACGCACCGUCUGUUUCCGAAGAGGCCCAGUUCUACAUUGUUCUCACCGAAGAAAGUAAAGAUGCAAUAAUAAAGUCUAUACAAACUCAAAGAGAAGAUCAUGAGAAUCGCGUGAGAUAUGCAAUCUACAAACCUCUCGGCCGAUGGUUGGAUUUAGGAAGCGGUGCCGAGGUCGAUGCCUGUGUCGUCAAAAAUACGAGACCGCUAUUCGAGAUCGAGGUAACGUCUACAGCCGAUUUACUGAAUAUACCGAUAAAUCUGAUGGACAGGAAGGCGGGAGAUCAGAAGGAUGGCUAUAUCGAGUUGCUACCGUACCGGCAAAUAUUAGAAAAUGUAUGGCGUAAAUUGGUAAGCAGGGCCACGCAAGUGAUGCCAAUCGUACAGCACAACGAGGCGCAAACGACGCCAUCGAUACCCGUCAAUUCCUGGUACCAAUAUCUGUACGAAUAUGAGACAGUCGAUUUGUCUACCUACACCGAAGACAAGAUAGAGUCCUUUAAGGAUUUUCUGAAACGUUAUACCGACGACAUGUGCGACCAAAUUUUAAUGAAUUCCACAUGGGAUAUAUAUACGAACGAUUAUGUAAAUUUGGUGCGUAAUGAGAAGGAUACGCAGGCACCAGUACCGAUAGGUUACAAAGAACAUCAGAGCUACUAUGACGGAAAAAUUAUCGUGGAUAAAGUUAUCAACGAUUUCUGCUGGCAUCCGUUUUGGACCGGAACGGCGAUAGCUACUUAUACACAACAUGCUAAGAGCGAGCAUCUGAUCGGUCCCAAAAUUUAUGACGAGGUAUUUUUAGCUUGCGAAGGCAAUAAUCGAGUACUAAUAUGGUCCUUCACUGACUGUUUGUCGCCUAAACUGAUCCUUGAAUGUUCGCGUGAAGUAACGUCUAUUGGUGUUUGCCCUCUCGAUGGUAGCAUCAUCGUAGGUGGUUGUAAAAAUGGCCAGAUCGCCAUCUGGCACAUUCCUGGCAAAAUCGAGCGGGUGGAGUCAGUGGUAACGCAGACGGGCGCUCAAGCGAAGUACAGCAUCGCGAUGAGGAGCCUGAUGACGUGGAUGUACGAGACGACGGUAACGUCGCUGAUCAGUCCAGUGGCGAUGUCCUCGCUCAAAUACAGCCAGAAGGCGAGCAUCACCCAGAUAAUCUGGAUGCCCUCGCACCAUAAGAUCAAUAAAAACGGCCGAAUCUCAUCCUUGCCGGACGACACGUCUUUGAACGAUCUGAGUUGUCAGUGCGUAACUGCCAGCGAGGAUGGCACAAUUGCCUUCUGGGAUCUUAAAUGGCGACCUUCGGAAAAGGACAUUCGACAAGUUCAUAGACGAAAGAAAAAGACACAACCAGAUAUCCAGAAAUCGAUGACGCGGCUCGAGUCGCCCUUUAAGAUUCUCGAUCGCGUCUUGAAGCCCGAUUACAUCCUCGUGAUUCAAUAUCCGGAUGAGAGCCGGCAGCUCGUGAUAACGACGCUCAGCAUGUACAAUCCGAAGUUUCACAAGGACCAAGUCGAACCGUUCCCGGUGAGAGACGACAUCACAAUUAGAAAGUACUAUAGACCCAUAAUCGAGAAGCCGGACUACGUCAUGGAGCCAGAGUUGCUCGUCGGAACCGUCGAAGGUGAUUUCGGUUGCAUAACGUGGACCGGCUACGAAUUCGCCACUGACGUGAACGUGAAUCGCGAAACGGCACAAUGGCUCUGGAUAAAAAGGAUGCACGACGGGCCGGUAACACACUCGGUUAGAUCCAAUUAUUACCAUCAUGUGGUGGUCACGAUAGGCGGCAAGAUCUUCGCCAUAUGGAGGGACGAUUUCGGUGAGCCGCUCGUUUGGAAGAAGUCCAACAUCAGAUACACGGCGUGUUCUUGGGGAAUUUUACGUCCGACCAUUUUGAUUUUGGGAAGAAUGGAUGGAACCAUAGAAAUGUGGGAUUUGGUACUCAAGAGCCAUGAGCCGAGUUUGGUACAAAGUUUGUCCGGACGGAUAAUUACAGGCAUCUAUACGCACGAGCUGCCGCUCGAGCCGCAAUGUGUCGGUUUUUGCGAUUUCAACGGUUCUCUAAGAAUGUUCACGGCACCGCGUGUCUUAUUGACGUACGAUGUGAGCGAUGUCGAGUGGAUGAAAAAAUUCAUCGAUCGACAGGUCCAAAGGAUAAGCGAGUUUAAAGCCUGGCAGGAAACGUGGCGCGAAACAAAUCCUGAGGAGAUGAAGAAAAAGCUGGGCGAAAUAGCAGAGGUGAAAAAACGUUUGGAGACCGAGGAGCGGAUUAAAAUCGACACGAUCGAAGCAACGCUUCGCGCAACUACACCUACGAGGACCACACGCCGGAAACCCUGGCAGUUUCUCGAAGAAGCCAAGGAACGAUGGAUGUCAAUAGAAGUAAAGCGCAUGCAACGACUGAUCCUGGAGAAAAAAGGGCUAAGGAAGGACGUCCUCGAGAGGCAGCGCGCUCCCGUUCUUAGAUUGCGGCAAGAGGAGAGGACAAAGAAGCGCAAGAUACGCGAGAUCCUGAACCUACAGGACAGAAUCUUUGAGGAAGCUGUCGUAUUUCUCUUUCCAGAGCAGCAUCAGGAGCGCAGGGAAACUUUGUUGCCCCCUUUGCCAGUUUCUGCGACGUUUAAUUAUAAGUUAACGACGUCUUUAGAUACUAAUUGUUCUUUCCGUUGAAAGGAGGUUUUUACCGAUCCGGAGGAAGAAAUUAUAUACAAUUUUCUGGAAGUGCAAGCUGAAGCUCUAGCUAAAUUAAAGAGCACGCCUUUCGAACGCACGUUCGACUGGCGCAAAGUACUCGCGCGAGAAAAGUCGAGGAGAAGAUCGAUGGACAUCGAACUCAAGAAGUUAAACAAGCUGAAGAAGAGCAAAGUAGACGAUGCUGUGAACGAUGCAUCACGACUUACCUGCAACGCGAUACAAGAGGUACGCAUUAAAGGUACAUUUCCAUUUUACAUUUUGAGCUUGUGUUCUUUCGUUUCUCAGAUACAGAUUUGUGAACUUUUACGCGAUUACAGAUUUUUAUAAAAAUAUUUUUUUUGUUAGAUUUGUCUGAAAAUGCAGCACAGAAGAUUAAUUUAAUAUAUGAGACACAGUAAUUUCUGUAUUAGCUUGGUUUUUAGUUAUAGUCGACGGUAGAAAUUUUGAUGUGCAUUAAUAAUUUGUAGAUAAUCAAAAAUUAGAUAAUACUACGUUUAUUAUAGUCUAUUAUAGUAACAUUAUUCUACGAAUCAGAUGGCUACAAUCAUAUUUCUUUAUAGACCCGUAGCUUUUGAUUCUAAAAUUGCAUUUAUGAUUCCAUUUGCGAUAAUGCAUGGUCUUAUUUAAUAUAACUAUGCCGUUGGAAAAUGAAACGUGAGUACCGUGUAUUCUCUUUUGCGGUGCCAUAUAUACUACAUUUAUUUAAAGGGGUUCCUUGUAAUCCCUUUAAUCAGAAUUGUGCUCGCAACUAAAACGGGCACCUAUGAAACGCAAGUUCGCAAAUAUUUAUAAUGUGAUUUUACGAAGUUUACCAAAUGUAAAAUUAUCGUAACAAGGAAAUGAGAUACUCUGGUCAAUAUUCUUAUCGCGAUAUUUAAAGGAGAGGACAAUGAAUAUGUAUUUUCACACAUAUCAUAUUAUAUAUACCACCCCGGAUAUCGUAGCAUCUAAUGUGCAUGUCAUUGUGGUAAUUGAAUAUGUCGAUAAACAGGAGAAAUACAUGACAGCAAAGAAAAUGGAACGUAUGUAAGAAAUAAAAGUAGAAUAUGUCUGUCAACAUCUCUCUACAUGCGUUAUAUUAGAUUGUUACACAUGAAAAUUCAGUUUGCGUAUCAACAAUCUUAAAGUGAUUUAAAGAAAACAUUUUAAAUUGAGUUUAAUUGCAAUUAAUUUUAUUCCUCACACAUUUCUUCCAUUCCACAUAUAGAGAACGAUUGAAUAAUACUUAUAUAUAGUAAU